UGAAUCCCCCUUUGUUUUGACAUUCACUUCGGAGACAAACUGAGUUCCCCUCUAGAGAGAGAGAGAGAGAGAGAGAGAGAGAGAAUCUCCAAAUCCCACUUUUACUCUAUCAAAUCCCCCAAAUCAUCCCACCGCACUUAUUCUGCUUUCCUUAUAAUUUGCAAAAAUGGUAGCAAGAACCCCACCAAAGCUGAGGAGAAUGGUGGCUCCUCUCAACCCCACUCUUCUCAGAGAAACAUUGGACAAGGUGGAUAAGUGUAUGGCUAGAUUGCAAGAGCUACAGUACACGGUUUCAGGUGGGACGAAAGUGAUCUCAGGUGUGAGCCUAAGUCCUCGCAGUACCAGGGGUUAUCUGAGAACAAGCCUCAGGUGCAAACAGGAGUCUUUGAGGAUCAAGAAUUCCAAUCCUCGGAAAUCUUCACCUGGGAAGUUGCCUACGAAUACAGGGGAGUGGAGAAGAAUGUCGUUGCCGGCAAUGCUCGUCGGAGAAACGGUCGGAGAAAUCCUACAAGCAAGCCAAUUCGCCAGAGAAAUAGUAGCAGCAGUAUCUUCCAAAACAAAAAAAACCCCACCCCACUCCUCCGACCCGAAAACACCGAUCGACUUCCGUCGAAAAAACCAGAGACCAACAAACCCCGAAAACUCCGAAAUCCGCGCCCGGAGAAAGAGAGAGAAACAAGUAACGUCCCGAUCAACCCGAUCGUCCAUUUCCCCGUCCCUCCAACGGGCCAAAUCCCGCAUCGAUUUCGUAUCUUCGCCUCUCCACAAGAGAGAAAUCGACAAGGAAAAUUUUAUGGAAAACAGAGUAAACAGAGUAUCGCCGAGGAACCGGCCGUGGGCUAGAAAAACAGUUCUGUUUCCCAACCCAUUGUUCCAUUCGUCACCCAACUCGAAGACCCACAAGUUCUGCAAGACAAAGUCGCCGAUCAUCGCCAGGAAUCGGCUGGCGACCCCGCACAAGUUCUUGAUCAAGACGAAGUCGCCCCCGCGAAUCAAGAAGAGCCCGAUUCUCUCGAUCUCUCCGGUGAGGCCCACGAGCAGGAAUUCGUCGAAAGAGUCGGUGGCGGGGAAGUUGAGAAGGUCGUUCUCGCCGUCGAGGUUGGCGAGCAGAUUGGUUUCACCGUUGAAGAGUAGGAAGUUGGUGCAGAGAAGUAGUGAUGGAGGUGGUGGGAUGACGAUGGCGAUGAGUGGACUUAAACAGCGUCCGAUUUUGACUCCAGUGCGAUUUUCUGUUCGAAGAAUCUGAAGGGCAUAUAUAUAUAUCUGUUUGAUUUUGUUGAUUCUGUUUGUUUGAAGAUUGGAUUGAUGAUUCUGUUUUGUGUGUUUUGUGGUUUUUUACCUCUGUUUUUUAUUUUGGGGUGAUAUUUUCUUGAUGUCCAUAGUUAUUUUAUUCAUAAAGUAUAUUCCUUCUUCGGUGUGGUAUAUGAUUUGAAUUUCUCCCCCCAAGUUAA